CCGAGUGCGAGCAGGUGAAGCCCUGGCGUCGCAGCAGGAGAUACGCAUGCGGCGCGCUAUGCACCGGCGCCAGAGCCAGGGCAUGGUGAUCCGGCCGCCGACGCUGCGCGAGACGGCGGAGCCUCCGCUGCCCGAGGUGGACGAGAACUUCGAUCUGCACCCGAGCCGCUUCGAGGUAUUCCGCUGGCGCCUCAACGAGUUCCUCAACCAGGGUCACAUGAUGCUGCUCGUGCUCAGGACGCAUGUGCACGACUGCAACCCGCACUACGCGACCGAGUUCGAGCAUGCCGUGCUCUACUACUCCAUGAUCAAGAUCGAACUGGACGACUACUUCGACACCGUGGUGCACUACAGUAUGAAGGGCUUCAACCAGCGCGACAUCAAGUGGUGGCCGGACACGCUUUUCAAGCGCGUCGCCAUCGUCAUCUUCGCCGUGCUCGACAAGGUGGAGGUGCAGACGCUCGACUACUACGUCAACAAGGACAACCUCAAGGAGCUGUUCCGGCACUUGCAGUGGGAGAACUACCUCUUCAACUGGAAGAUUGCCCUCGACCCGUCACCCUCGCCCAGUACCACCUUUGUACCAUAGGGACAGAGCACGCCUCUUUGCACCCGAGCUCGAGCCUCCGCAGUAAAAACGCGCUAACGGCGUGACUCCACUGGACUAGCGUAAUUUCGCAGGCUGCCGCUGUUGGGGGAAAUUUGUCAGCCGCAGUCACUUAGCGGGACGGCA